AUGGUUGCUCUUUUGGAAGAUUUACAUGUCAUCGAAUCGGAGACCCGAUUUGGCAUGUCAUCACCAGUAUUUCUUAUUAGCGUAAUUGGUAUCUACCUGCUGUUAAUUUACAAAAUUGGACCAGAAUAUAUGAAAGAUCGCCAGCCAUACAAUUUAAAAACAUUUGUAUCGAUUUACAAUAUUUUCCAGGUGGUAUCAUGUUUUUACCUUAUAAAUAAGGUUUGGCAACUGACAUCCUGGGACAUUUUCGAUUUUCAAAAAUGUACCUUCUACAAAGACGGGACAUCAGAUCGUCAACGAUUCGAUUACUUAACCUAUGUAACAUUUUGGUUAAAGAUAAUCGAACUAACCGAUACAGUGGUAUUUGUGUUGAGAAAGAAACGCAAUCAAAUAACAUAUUUGCACGUUUUUCAUCAUUCGUCGACGAUAACAAUGGUGUAUCUGAUGCUACGAUAUUAUCGAGGCAAUGGAGCCCUCUACCCGAUCUUUCUGAAUUGUUGGGUCCAUGUGCUAAUGUACACGUAUUAUUUACUUGCGAACAUUUGCAGCACGGAAUUCAUGCGACAUCUGCUGUAUGUCAAGAAAUCCAUAACCAUUAUUCAAAUGAUUCAAUUCAUUUUCAUUUUGAUCCAAUCGCUGGUCAUGUGGAGCAAUUGUGGUGUGCCACUCAUAUUGAGAUGGUACUACUGUGUGGUGGUCAUUGUUAUCUUUUAUGGGUUUUAUGAUUUCUAUAAGAAGGCAUAUAAAUCAACAGCAGCAACAACAACAGCUGCUGCUAAUGAAGAGACAAAACAGAAUAUAAAAAAUAAAUAA